GUCACACUGCUUGAUAACAACAAUUAAAAAUUUGGUGAAAUAAUAGGAAAUGUCUACUUUUAAGCCGAAAUUUCUAAAACCAGACACAGACGAUGCCAUAUCGGACAACGUGGGCGGCGAGCAGCAGUCCUCGGCCUUCGUUUUCAAUGCCCAUCACAACCUGGGCUUGGGGGAACAGCGGGAGCGCCUGCCCAUACGACAGUACCGGGAUCAGAUUUUGUACUGCCUAGAGAAGCACCAGGUGGUGAUCCUAGUGGGCGAGACGGGCAGUGGCAAGAGCACACAGGUACCCCAGUAUUUGUACGAAUGGGGCUGGCACUCCAAGGCCCUGAUUGGCAUCACCGAACCCCGGCGGGUGUCCACAGUUACUCUGGCAAAUCGCGUGGCCCAGGAACGAGGCGAACUCGUGGGCGACACUGUGGGCUAUGUGGUGCGUUUUCUAGAACGGAUUACCUCAGAGACCAAGAUCAAGUUCAUGACCGAGGGCAUCCUGCUGCGAGAACUACUCGCCGAUCCCCUGCUCACCCAGUACGGAGUCAUCAUUGUGGACGAGGCCCACGAGCGCAAUAUGCUCACCGACAUGGUCUUGGGACUGCUCAAGAAGAUCCUGCGCAAACGUAGCAGCCUCAAGCUCAUCAUCUCUUCGGCCACUAUUGACGCGGGCUUCUUCAGCGAGUUCUUCAGCUGGCCAGGAUCAGGAGAGGUAAGCGUCAAGCUCAGCAUCGAAGGACGUAUGCAUGCUGUAAGCAAUUUCUACUUGAACGAACCCUGCGCCGACUACGUCAAGGAAACCGUGGAAACGGUGUGGAAGCUGCACCAAAAGGAGCCACCCGGCGACAUCUUGGCCUUUCUCACUGGCCAGGAGGAGGUUCUAGAGGCCCUGGAUCUCCUGCGCGAGUAUAUAGCCAGUUCGGAGCAACAGAACCUCAAAGUGCUACCCAUGUAUGGCAGCAUGUCAAGCACGGAUCAGUUGGCAGUGUUUUUCACACCACCCAAAGGAGUGCGGAAGGUGGUGCUGGCCACAAACAUAGCGGAGACCUCCAUUACCAUUCCAGGUAUCGUCUAUGUCAUCGACUGUGGCUACGUCAAGGUGAAGUGGUACAAUCCCAAGACCUGCAGCGACAGCCUUGUGGUGGUGCCGGUGAGCAAGGCUUCGGCGGUGCAGAGAGCAGGUAGAGCGGGUAGAAUGCGUCCCGGAAAGGUAUAUCGGCUAUACACCAAGGCAGACUAUGAAGCGUUGGCUCCGCGACAACCGCCAGAGAUGCGACGGAGCGAGAUGAGCGGAGCUGUUCUCCAGUUAAAGGCUCUGGGAAUUGCCAAUAUACUGCGCUUUGAUUUUCCAUCCCCGCCGCCAGCACAGAAUCUGCUCUCUGCUCUGGAAACCCUCUUCGCCUUGGACGCCAUCAACGAGCAGGGGAAUCUCACCAAACCCGUGGGUUAUCUUCUCGCCGAGCUGCCCUUCAGCGCGAUGCUUUCAAAGAUGCUCUUCGUAUCCGGUCAGAUGGGCUGCUCUGAGGAGAUCAUCACCAUCAUUGCCAUGCUCCAAGUGCAGUCUGUCUUCUCGCGUCCCGUUUCGGCCGUGGCCCAGCAAAGUGGAAGGAUUGCCCAUCGACAUUUCGAAGUGGCGGAGGGAGACUUCAUCACACUCCUGAACGUCUUUACGGGAUUUGUAGAGGAGGGCAUGACCAAGGAGUUCUGCGGCCAAUAUUAUCUCAUCUAUAGGAACAUGAAGCGGGCGUAUGAGCUGAGGGAGCAGUUGGUAACCUUGGCGCGGAAGAAGUAUGGCAUUCCCAUCUUCUCGUGCAAGGGCGAUGUGGAAACACUGUGCAAGUGCAUCACCGCGGGCUUCUUUACCCAGGUGGCCUAUCUGCAUCACUCGGGGGUUUACAGGCAGAUUAGUAGCGGAACUGAGCUAGCCAUUCAUCCCAACUCCACGUUGUACACGCUACCCCAGGCCCAGUAUGUGGUCUAUGGGGAGUUGCUCCAGACAACGAAGCUGUUUAUGAAUCAUGUGACGGUGAUCAAAAGGGAGUGGCUCACAGAACUGGCUCCGCAUUACUACCAGCAGACUACGGUGAGGGAUUAGCAGGAAAAGAAAGGAUAUGCUACAAAAGAGAUCUAACCAGCAGCAACGCGACCACGUCCCUGGAACAACAUCAUGGACUCAGGACCUCGGAUAACCCGCGACAUUAGUUCCCAGCACAUUUUGGCGGGCAAAAGACUGAAACAAAAA